AUGGCACCCGCCAUGGCAGCCUCGUCUUUCAGCUCCGGCAGGCCAUCGUUCCCCAUGCCUCUUUCCCCUAGGGCCUUGAGGUCGCCCAUGUCAUUCAGCCAGGCUGAGAUCCUGUCGCCCAAGACUUUGGCUAAGCAGGAACAAGACCUUUGUCUCCCAGGACAAGAUAACCUGUACAUCCACAAGCCCGACCAGGACUUCUGGGCCAUUCGUUGCGCUGAAUCUCUGGAUGGUCUCAUGCGGGCUUCUGGUUCCUACACACCUGCCCAGCGCGCCGCCCACCUCCAACUUCUCUCUGAGCUCAUCAUCCCGUCUCUGGGUCCCCGUCCCUCCAACGCUCCCACAAAACCCUUGUUGACGGCCGACGGCUCACCCUUUGAGCCGUCAUGGAACAUCACCGACUCUGGGUCCUCCUCCAUCCGCUUCUCGUUCGAGCCUCUCGGCCGCCAUGGCGGUACCAAGUCAGACCCCUUCGCCCAAAAGAUGAUUCCCGCUCUUCUUCCUGCCCUUCAGAUGUUCGGUCAUGGAGUCGACACGCGGUGGUUUGAGCAGUUCGCUUCUGCCCUCUUCCUCGACGAAGCCGAGUCAAAGAUCGCUCUCCAGAGGCUAGGCCCAGGCCACCGCGCGCCUACCGCCUUCCUGGCAUUCGAUCUCGACGGCAGCAAGGCCGUCUUCAAGACCUACUUCUUUCCUGUUCUCAAGCACAUCGCCACCGGCGCCUCUACUGAGUCAAUCACUUUCAACACCAUCCGCUCCCUCUCUCCCGGCGGUGAGCGUCUUGCGGCAGCCGCUGAUGUCACGGAGGAAUACUUCAAGAACGCUCCUUUCCCUAUUCCCGUCGAAAUGAUCGCCCUGGACUGCAUUGACCCUGCCGCUGGUGCCCGCGCCAAGGUCUACGCGCGUACAGAGUCUAACGCCUUCGACGUGGUCCGCCAAGUCGUCACCCUCGGAGGACAGAUCAACGACGCGACCACCCUCAAGGGUCUUGAGGAGAUGCGUAGCGUUUGGCAUUUCCUCCACAACGAGCCGGAGCCGUAUGCCGACGACUUCAACAAGGCGCCCAAGAUGAGGGAGACCCUCCACAAGGGCAUCUGCUACGGUUUCGAGCUCAAGCCGGGCUCCAAAUGGCCCGAGGUCAAGUCAUACGUGCCUCUGUGGCAGUAUGCUGACAACGACACCGUUAUCGCCGCCAACCUCGCCAAGGCCUUCCGCUCAAGGGGAUGGCCUGUGGCUGAGCGGUACGAGAGCGACUUGCCCAAGUGCUUCCCCCGUUCGGACUUGUCCCGCGGUACCGGCACGCACUCUUACAUCUCCUUUGCCUUCUCCGAGAAAAAGGGAGCUUAUCUGACUAUUUACUACUCCAUCAAGCCCGCAGACUCGAUGGUGGCUUUCUAA